AUGAAUCUGUCGUUCUUUCACAAGAUCAGUUUCGGUGGAACGUCAGCGGCUGGACUCCAGAAAUCCCACUCCAAAAGAAACUUCCACGGCUGCUUGGAAAACGUGCUUUACAACGACAUCAGCGUGAUCGAGCGAGCCGAAGAGCAGCAGGUCUUCAUCACAGGGAACGUCAGCGUCACAUGCGCCGAAGCCAUAGACGUGCCGGUGACCUUCGCCAGUCCUGGAAGUUACCUCGCUUUGCCAUGGGUCUCCGGUGGAGAAAGCGCGUCGGUUGCUCUGCAGUUCAGGACCUGGAACAGAGCGGGGCUGCUGAUGACCUUUGACCUGCAGCAUAAUGCGGGAACGCUGUGGCUCUAUCUGAGCGAGGCCAGAGCGCGACUGCAGAUCCAUAAGACCGGCCGGAUCGUGACGGACAUCACCGCAGGUGCCAGUUUAAAUGACGGUCAGUGGCACUCGCUGGAGCUGGCUGUCCGUCGAGGGCGUCUCGCAGUCACCCUGGACAAAACCGACAGCUCUACAGCGUCCACUUCCUUCCCUGUCGCGCCUGACAGCCAGCUAUUCUUAGGCGGAUGUCCGGACACAGAAGACGGCAGCGGCUGCAGAAACCCGUUCAGUGUUUUCCAAGGAUGCAUGCGUCUCAUCCGGACAGACGCCACUUUAGUGGAUCUCAUCCGAGUGCAGCAGAUGUUGUUUGGGAAUUUUAGCGAUCUGCAGAUGGACAUGUGUGGGAUCGUCGACAGAUGCUCCCCGAGUCGCUGUGAACACGGAGGGAGAUGCUCACAGUCGUGGAGCACGUUUCACUGCAACUGUUCUGCCACGGGCUACAGCGGAGCGACCUGCCACAGCUCCAUUUACGAAGCGUCGUGUGAGGCGUACAAACACAAAGGAAACACGUCUGGCUUUUACUACAUCGACGUGGAUGGAAGCGGCCCCAUCAAACCUCAGCUAAUCUACUGCAACAUGUCAGAUAAAGCAUGGAUGGUGAUCCAACAUAAUAACAUGGAGCUCACGAAAUUAAAAGUGUCCUCUGGGAUAGAUCAGCAUUUAGCCCACUUUAACUAUUCUGCCGACGCAGAGCAGAUCCAGGCGAUAAUUACCCAGGCGGAGUACUGCGAGCAGGAGCUCUCCUACCACUGCAAAAAGUCACGGCUCUUGAACACACCAGACAGCGCUCCGUUCAGCUGGUGGGUGGGCCGGUUGGGUGAGGCGCACAUGUACUGGGGCGGCGCGGUGCCGGGCAGUCAGCAGUGCGCUUGUGGCCUGCAAGAGAACUGCGUGCAUCCCGAACACUUCUGCAACUGUGACGCCGACAGCAAAGAGUGGUUGAAUGACUCCGGGCUGCUGUCCCAUAAAGAGCAUUUGCCGGUGCGAGCGCUGGCUGUGGGUGACAUCAACAGAUCUGGUUCAGAAGCGGCCUACAGAGUGGGACCCCUGCAGUGUUACGGUGACAAUAACUUCUGGAACGCUGCCUACUUCAACAAGGAGACGUCGUACCUGCACUUUCCCACGUUCCACGGGGAGCUGAGCGCCGAUAUCUCCUUCCUGUUUAAGACCAGCUCUUCAUCGGGAGUGUUUCUGGAGAACCUGGGGAUCAAAGACUUCAUCCGGAUCGAACUGAGCUCUCCGACUCGAGUGCUCUUCUCGUUCGACGUGGGGAACGGUCCUCUGGAGGUGAAGGCGGAGAUGCCGGCGGCUCUCAACGACGAGCGCUGGCAUCACGUGAGAGCCGAGAGGAACGUAAAGGAGGCCUCACUGUAUGUGGACCAUCAUCCCGGCGUCGUUCAGAAAGCCCCCGCUGACGGACACAUUCAUCUGCAGCUCAACAGCCAGCUGUUUGUAGGAGGAACGGCGUCCAGACAGAAGGGCUUCCUGGGCUGCAUUCGCUCGCUGAAGCUGAACGGGAAGACUCUGGAUCUGGAGGAGCGGGCGGAGAUCACGCCUGGAGUGACGCCCGGAUGUCCCGGACACUGCAGCAGCUACGGCGGCCUGUGCCAGAAUCACGGCAGCUGUGUGGAGGAUCACAGCGGCUUCACCUGCGACUGCAGCCUCUCGCCCUUCACCGGCACCUUCUGCCAUAAAGACGUUUCUGCCUUCUUCAAACCUGGAACGUCAGUCACGUACACGUUCAAAGAGCCGUACAAGCUGAACAGGAACAUCAGCGCUCAGUCGUCCUCCAUCUACUCAGAUUUAACGCUGAGAGGAGAGAACGUUUCGCUGAGCUUCAGGACGAGCCAAGCGCCGGCGCUGCUGCUUUACAUCAGCUCAUACUACAGAGAGUUCCUCGCCGUCCUGCUCAACAGAAACGGACAUUUGGACAUCAAGUACAAACUGCAGCACAACAGAGACGCGGAGGUUUUCCGAGCCAGCGGCAGGAAUCUGGCCAACGGGCAGCUGCACCGCGUGAGCGUCCAGAGACUGACAGAGACGCUCAGUAUUCAGGUCGAUCAGCAUGCAAAGGAAUAUUUCAAUCUAACAUCGGACACUGAAUUCAACGCCAUCAAAUCGAUUGUCUUGGGAAAAGUGCUCGAGUCAGGUGAAGUGGAUCCAGAGAUCGCCCGUCUGAAUGCUCUGGGCUUCACCGGCUGUUUGUCUGUGGUCCAGUUUAACUCCAUCUCUCCGCUGAAGGCGGCUCUGCUGUAUCCAGACACCAGUCCUGUCAUAGUCACUGGACCGCUGAGCGAAUCCAGCUGUGGCUCGUCUUUACCGACAAACCCCUACGCCGCUGAGACCACUCAUUCUCUCACAGAUCAUGUGGGUACAGUAGGUACGGGUGAGCCCAUAGUCAAUGCUAUCAACAGCGACUCGGCUUUGAUCGGAGGUGUCAUUGCCGUCGUGAUAUUUGUGAGUCUGGCCGCGCUGGCUGUGAUGGCGCGAUUCCUGUACCGGCGGAAAGAAACGUUUCAGCCCCAAGAGCCCAAAGCAGACAAAAACGACGACAGUCCCGAAACGCCCUUUAACACGGAUCCGAACUCACAGAGCAUUAUCAGUGAUAACCAAAAAGAGUAUUUCAUAUGACGCUCUUUCACCUCGUAUCGGACUAAUCCAGUUAAACCGACGGACUGAAAUGCCUUGUCGAGUCUAGGGACAUUAACAUUCACGGUGCAUUAUGGGAAACCGACCGAGAGACUGGGGCUGCUGAAGUGGAGCGACGUGUCCCUCCGUUUUUGCCCUUUUUGUACAUAAAACAGUUAUUGUCCAGAGAUUUGGCACAAUGGUACGGUUUCUAAGGUGUGUAUAAUGACAUUCAUUGGUUGUAAAUAUUCUUUUGAAAUGAAACUUUGUAAUGUCAUCUUCUCCUUUUGCCUUUGAACGAUUCAGUGCUCAGUAUUAUGUUUAACGGAGUCAAAGAAGCGAUCAUUGUAUAAUUAAAUCGGAAUAAAUGUGUGAGUCGGCGAGUGCGGUGUUGUUGUGAAUACAUGCGUUCAUGCAAAAGACUUCAGAUUUUGUGGAAAAGGCUGUACGCUCCGCAUUUAUCACUCUUUGCCCGUGCUUUUCUCAGUGAUUUGCCACUUGGAACAAAAAAUACAUCCUAUGACAGUUGUUUAUUGUGGACAAUUUGUGUCUCUGGUCUUUUUUGUCUCUUAAUAACAUGAAAGUUGUU